ACCUGGACCUGGACCUGGACUUGGACCUGACCCUGACCCUGACCCUGACCCUGACCCUGACCCUGAGCCUGACCCUGGACCUGAACCUGAACCCAGCUGUGUGUCAAAUGAUGAUCGCGAUAUUAACUUUAAAGGAGAGCAGCCCUCUUCUGAAAAGAGGAUCCAUCAAAGACCAGAGUCUGCUGAACUUGAACCCAGCUGUGUGUCCUUCAAAAGUGACCGGUCAUAUCAAUACCUCAUUGACUUUAACGGUCAACAACCCACUGUUGAAAAGAGGAUCCAGCAGAGACCAGAGUCACCUGACCCUGGACCUGGACCUGGACCUGAACCUGAACCUGAUCCUGGACCUGGACCUGGACCUGGACCUGGAACUGGACCUGGACCUGAACCUGGACCUGGACCUGAACCCAGCUAUGUGUCCUUUAAGAGUGACCGCUCACAUAGACACAUUGUUAACUUUACAGGAGAGCAGCCCUCUUCUGAAAAGAGGAUCCAUCAAAGACCAGAGUCUGCUGAACUUGAACCCAGCUGUGUGUCCUUUAAAAGUGACCGGUCAUAUCAUCACCUCAUUGACUUUAACGGUCAACAACCCACUGUUGAAAAGAGAGUGGACCAGGAGAGCUCAGAGUUACCCAGUGGUCAGUCUGCCCAGCAGCAUCAAACACACCUGGACUUCAUAUGUAUGUCCAGAUUACCCAGAAUGCUCAGAGAGUAAGAGGGAGGAUGAGGAUGAAGAGCAGAGGAGGAGCAGAGAGGCAUUUCUGAAGAUCACACUGCACUUCCUGAGGAGAAUGAAGCAGGAGGAGCUGGCUGACCGUCUGCAGAGCAGAACUGUUCCUGCAGGUGGUAGGCGUAAACUCAAAUCUCACCUAAACAAGAAGUUCCAGUGUGUGUUUGAGGGGAUUGCUAAAGCAGGAAACCCAACCCUUCUGAAUCAGAUGUUCACAGAGAUCUACAUCAUAAAGGAAGGGACUGCAGAGGUCAAUGAUGAACAUGAGGUCAGACAGAUUGAAACAGCAUCCUGGAAACCAGACAGACCAGAAACAAGAAUCAGACAAGAAGACAUCUUUAAUACUCCACCUGGAAGAGAUUAACCAAUCAGAACAGUGAUGACAAAGGGAGUGGCUGGCAUCGGGAAAACAGUCUUAACACAGAAGUUCACUCUGGACUGGGCUGAAGACAAAGCCAACCAGGACAUCCAGUUCACAUUUCCAUUCACCUUCAGAGAGCUGAAUGUGCUGAAAGAGAAAACGUACAGCUUGGUGGAACUUGUUGAUUACUUCUUUAGUGAAACUAAAGAAGCAGGAAUCUACAGGUUUGAAGAGGUUGUGUUCAUCUUUGACGGUCUGGAUGAGUGUCAACUUCCUCUGGACUUCCUCAACACUAAAAUCCUGACUGAUGUUACAAAGACCACCUCUGUGGGUGUGCUGCUGACAAACCUCAUCAGGGGAAAUCUGCUUCCCUCUGCUCGCCUCUGGAUAACCACACGACCUGCUGCAGCCAAUCAGAUCCCUCCUGAGUGUGUUGACAUGGUGACAGAGGUCAGAGGGUUCACUGAUGACCAGAAAGAGGAGUACUUCAGGAAGAGAUUCAGAGAUGGGGAGCAGGCCAACAGAAUCAUCUCCCACAUCAAGACAUCACGAAGCCUCCACAUCAUGUGCCACAUCCCAGUCUUCUGCUGGAUCACUGCUACAGUUCUGGAGGACAUGUUGAAAACCAGAGAGGGAGGAGAGCUGCCCAAGACCCUGACUGAGAUGUACAUUCACUUCCUGGUGGUUCAGUCCAAAGUGAAGAACAUCAAGUAUGAUGGAGGAGCUGAGACGGAUCCACACUGGAGUCCAGAGAGCAGGAAGAUGAUCAAGUCUCUGGGAAAACUGGCCUAUGUGCAGCUGCAGAAAGGCAAUCUGAUCUUCUAUGAAUCAGACCUGACAGAGUGUGGCAUCGAUAUCAGAGCAGCCUCAGUGUACUCAGGAGUGUUCACACAGAUCUUUAGAGAGGAGAGAGGACUGUACCAGGACAAGGUGUUCUGCUUUGUCCAUCUGAGUGUUCAGGAGUUUCUGGCUGCUCUUCAUGUCCAUCUGACAUUCACCAACUCUGGAGUCAACCUGCUAGACAAAUCAACACGUUUAUACCAGAUUGCUGUAGACAAGGCCUUACAGAGUCCAAAUGGACACCUGGACUUGUUCCUCCGCUUCCUCCUGGGUCUUUCACUGCAGACCAAUCAAACUCUCCUACGAGGUUUGCUAAGACAGACAGGAAGUAGCUCAGAGACCAAUCAGGAAACAGUUGAGUACAUCAAGAAGAAGAUUGGUGAGAAUCUGUCUGCAGAAAGAAGCAUCAAUCUGUUCCACUGUCUGAAUGAACUGAAUGAUCGUUCUCUAGUGGAGCAGAUCCAACAGUCCCUGAGUUCAGGAAGUCUUUCCACAGAUGAACUGUCUCCUGCUCAGUGGUCAGCUCUGGUCUUCAUCUUACUGUCAUCAGAAGAAGAGCUGGACGAGUUUGACCUGAAGAAAUACUCUGCAUCAGAGGAGGCUCUUCUGAGGCUGCUGCCAGUGGUCAAAGCCUCCAAUAAAGCUCUACUGAGUGGCUGUAACCUGUCAGAGAGAAGCUGUGAAGCUCUGUCCUCAGUUCUCAGCUCUCAGUCCUCUAGUCUGAGAGAGCUGGACCUGAGUAACAACAACCUGCAGGAUUCAGGAGGGAAGCUAAUCUCUGAUGGACUAAAGGGUCCCCACUGCACACUGGAGACUCUCAGUCUGUCAGGCUGUCUGAUCUCAGAGGAAGGCUGUUCAUCUCUAGUCUCAGCUCUGAGCUCCAACCCCUCCCAUCUGAGAGAGCUGGACCUGAGCUACAAUCAUCCAGGAGACUCAGGAGUGAAGCUGCUGUCAGCGGGACGGAAGGAUCCUCUCUGGAGACUGGACACUCUCAGGGUGGAACCUGCUGGAGUCAGAAGGUUGACACCAGGUCCGAAGAACUAUUCCUGUGAACUCACACUCAACACAAACACAGUGGGCAGAAAACUCAAACUGUCUGACAACAACAGGAAGGUGACACGCAUGAAGGAGGAUCAGCCAUAUCCUGAUCAUCCAGAGAGGUUUGACUACUGGUCUCAGUUGCUGUGUAGAGAUGGUCUGACUGGUCGCUGUUACUGGGAGGUUGAGAGGAGAGGAGAUGUUAAUAUAUCAGUGAGUUACAGAGGAAUCAAGAGGAGAGGAAACAGUGAAGACUGGUUUGGAUAUAAUGAUCAGUCCUGGAGUCUGAUCUGCUCUAAUGAUGAUUACUCUGUCUGUCACAAUAAGAGAAAAACAUCCAUCUCCUCCUCCUCUGUCUCGGGUAGAGUAGCAGUGUAUGUGGACUAUCCUGCUGGCUCUCUGUCCUUCUACACAGUCUCCUCUGACUCACUGAUCCACCUCCACACCUUCAACACCACAUUCACUCAGCCUCUCUAUCCUGGGUUUGGGUUCUGGUCUCGUGGUUCUUCAGUGUCUCUGUGUUCUGUGUAGUGUUUCUCACUGCUGAUCAGUUGAGUCUGUACAGGAUCACACUUACAGAAAAAUUUCAGGUUAUUGUUAUGAACUAAUGAAUGAACUUUGUAUAAAAUAAUUUGCAAUGAUUGAACAGAUUCCUGGUGAACAUUUUAAACUUCUUCCACUUCCAGUCCUUUAAAGAUGGAAGCUGUGAUCAUGAAAUUCUAGAAAUGCCGUUGAUUGUGUCAUGUUUAGUUUUGAGUUCUGUCUCUUUUCACAAUAAAAGCAUAAAGUCACUGUGAUGUGUUUGUG